AUGAUACAUAACUCUUGUUCGACGACAACGACUAAUGAAAAUUUAACGGGAACAUUUGAACAUGAUACAAAGACGAGUGCAUUUCUUGAUUUUGCUGCCGUUGGAGCAGCUAACAGUACAACAACAAUUUUACCAUCAUCUUCUACAUCUACAAAUGAAUCAUCAUCACCAACAUCACCAUCUCAUUAUUCAACAUUUGCACAUCGAACAAAUCUGUAUCAUUCGGGUGGACCUCAUGGACUUCAAAAUGGCAUUGGACAUCAUCAUAAUACGGAUCCAUUUUAUAACUCAAUGUCACAAACUCGUCCAUUUGCAGCUUAUCCAUUUUCAUCUGUAACAAAUCCGUAUGCUUCAUCUCAUCCCUAUUCAAUGUCAACAUUGCCUUAUGCUACAUUAAAUCUUGAUAGUGAUGAUAAAUGUCGAUAUGAUGAUCAUGGACCAAAAUUAACAGCAAAGGGAAAAAAAAUACGAAAACCACGAACAAUAUAUUCUAGUAUGCAAUUACAAGUGUUGAAUAAACGAUUUCAACGUACACAAUAUUUAGCAUUACCGGAACGAGCAGAAUUGGCCGCUUCUCUAGGCCUGACACAGACUCAAGUGAAGAUAUGGUUUCAAAAUAAACGAUCAAAACACAAAAAAUUAUUUAAAAAUGUUAGUCAUCAUAAUAAUUCCUCCUCCUCAUCAUCAUCAUCAAUUUCAUCAUCACAAAAUAAAAGUUCAUCAAAUAAAUAUGAAAAACAUAAUAAUUCUAUGUUUUUAGUAAAACAAGAAUGUUCACUGCCGACCAGUCCACAACCGUCAGCAACAUCAUCUACAAAUAAUAAAUUCAUUACUCCUCGAUCACAAUCAAACACGAGUAAUUCAGAUGAAACUGAUCCUCAUCAACAAUCCUAUCAUUAUCUUCUUCAUUCUCUUCCAAAAUCGACAUAUAACAAUAGUAGUAAUAAUAUGCUAGAAUUAACGAAUAAUCAUCAUCAUUACACUAAUAUGAAAGUAGCAACAAGCAGUAAUAAUCCACCACCUGUACAACUAAAUUCAAUAAUGAAUAAUAAUCCAUAUUCACUACAUCAAAUGUCAGCACCGUGGCCACCACCGAGUAUGCUUUAUAUGGGUAGUACAACGGCACAUUAA